UAUUGAAUGCCUGAGUGAGUGAGUGAGUCAUAGUAUUAGACUAUAGAAACAUUUAUAGCUAAUGAGUCACUGAGUUAUUAUGUAUGGCUUAACACUACUAAUACAUAAAGUGUUUAGUGUGUGUUGAGUGUCAUUGUCAUCGACAACAACAACAACAACAACAUUAUAAGCACCGUACACCAAACACCUACACAUACAGACACACAAUGCCGGCCUAUCACUCAAAACUGGUAGCCGACCGGCAUGUGGCCAAUAUGGCAGUGUUGCCGUUUAGGACGAAAUUUCGCGGACCGAUUCAAUGGCCACAUCAACAAAUACCCGCCGCCACUGCCGCCGCCGCUAACGGCGAUACCAAUGGUCAUACAGUAGCACCGGUACAACCGCCAACUCAGCCGCCAAUGGACAUCAUUGACGAAGCGCUACUCUAUUUCAAGCCAAACGUUUUUUUCAAGACAUUUGAAAUACAGUCGGCCGCCGAUCGGGUCCUAAUCUAUCUGACACUGUAUAUCACUGAAUGUCUGAAACGAUUGCAACGGUUGCAGUCGCGCGAUCAGGGAUUGGCCGAAAUGUACGCACUGGCCAUCAGCCGGUUUGAUAUACCCGGAGAUCCAGGCUUUCCGUUGAACGCUGUCUACGCUAAGCCGUCAUCGGCUGAGGAACAGGAUCUCAUGCGCCAGUAUUUGCUGCAACUGCGCCAGGAGUGCGGCCUUCGAGUGGCCGACAAAGUAUGGGAUUGUGGCGGCGAUUCGGGUCGACCAUCCAAAUGGUGGCUAUGUUUUGCCAAAAAACGUUUUAUGGAUAUAUCGCUUGCGGGCGCCGGCAAGUGAUGAUCGCCCGACCGACCGAUAGAUAGAUAGAGAGCAGCCAUACAUACAGUAUAUCAGAUCUGUAUAAAUAAUAAAGUCUUCCCUAUUGAAGGCACACCACUACUCUUUAUAUAUCAAUAAUAAUAAUAAUAAUAAUUGAAUGGACAGUCAUAUAUAAUUAUCAUCGGUUAAUAACACACCCACACACACACACACACACACACCGAUGCCGUUUAAAAACGUGUGUUGUGUGUAUGUAAAUGAUUGCUUUAUAAUCUCAAUUAUGAUAUGAUUUUUUUUUUUUUUAAUUAGUUAUUGUUGUCUAAUAGUGUCUGUGUGUAUGUGUUUAAUGUAUGAAAACAAAUGUUAAUUAUUAUUAUUUCCUAUAAUUUUUUUUUGUUGAAAAAUUUGAUUUAUUUAAAUUAUAAUUUG